AUGGCCCCCAACAGCAGCAAGACGUCCAAGCUUGCUUUGAUUCCCCUGCCCAAGGGCACGGUGCUGCUGCCCGGAGUCUUACUGCGGCUUCCAGUUGCGAAUCGCUCGGAUCUGGCUAGCUUGCUCUCGUCGCUUCUCAACCAGUCCGCGGGUUUGAAGAACGAUGGCACCCCGAUAACGUUCGGAUGCGUUCCGCUUGGCUCGCCUCUGUUGAGUAACGAUGGCCAGCAGCUCCUGGAGGAUGGGACUGUGGAUGCGGAGAAGAGGGGGGAGUAUGACUCUCUUGAUGCCGGAGAAGCGAGAAAAGAGGAUCUCUUCAGAUUCGGGACCCUUGGAAAGGUCACCGGUGUCCAGCGCCGUGCCUUUGCGGAACCUCUUCUGCUAAUCCAGGGUAUGGAGAGAUUUACUGUCGAUAGGAUCGUACAGGAAGAACCAUUUUUCGAAGCAGAGGUUACGUUUCAUGAUGAUAUUGAAUCUAGUGAACAAGACUCGGAGAUUAACGAAUUGUUUCAGCAACUGAGACAGCUCUCGCGUGAGCUUUUGACCCUUCUUCGACUCUCGUCAUUAUUGCCCAAUGCCUCGUCGCGCCUCUCCCCGCUUGUCGCCCGUCGAUUUGAACUCUACAUAUCUAGGACGGAUCCAAGCCAGGCCGGAAAACUCGUAAACUUUAUGGCAGAUAUCUCGGACUCUUCCUUCGAGGAGAAGUUGAUGAUUCUCGCCUCACCGGACUUGAAGAGUCGGCUGGAGAAGGCUGUGGAGGUUUUGGGCAGACAAGUGCAGGGCAUCAAGAGCAAUAUUAAAAUCACGUCCUUUACUACUACAACUUCCUUUCCUCCUACAUCUGGACUCGAUAUCAGUCAGAUGGAUCCCCGCGAGCUUCUAGCUAGACGCGCGAUGAGCAGCCUGGCAGGACUGACACCACCUGGUGCCUCCAGCGGGCAAAAUGAGGAUGAGAAGGAGCCCGAUGAGGUCGACGAGCUUCAACAAAAGCUUCAGGAGGCGGAACUCAGUCCCGAGGCCAGAAAGGUAGCUGACAAAGAGCUCAGACGUCUGCGCAAGAUGAAUCCGGCAAAUGCGGAAUACGGUGUCUGUCGAACCUAUCUCGAGAAUCUCGCCGAGAUCCCGUGGACCAAGGUCACAGAAGACCAGCUCGGAGCAGAAACCCUGAAACAAGCCCGGAAACAGUUGGAUGACGACCACUAUGGUUUGGAGAGAAUAAAGAAGCGAUUGCUCGAAUACCUUGCAGUCCUUAGACUCAAGCAAUCCAUCAACCAAGGUGUCGAAAAGCAGAUCGCCGAACUUUCGCAGACGCUGGAUACAAUGACUGAAGACAACAAGGAGAAAGAAACCUUGCCUGAAUCGGACAGACUUGCAGCUGAAGCUAAAUUACAGCUUCUAAAGAACAGACAGAUGGGCGACAAGUCUCCCAUCCUGCUCCUUGCCGGACCCCCCGGCACUGGCAAGACCAGCCUGGCACGGUCUAUCGCAACGUCUCUCGGACGAAAGUUCCACAGAAUCUCACUGGGAGGCGUGCGGGACGAAGCUGAGAUUCGUGGCCACCGCAGAACCUACGUCGCAGCAAUGCCUGGACUGAUAGUGAGCGGCCUGAAGAAGGUUGGGGUCGCUAACCCUGUUUUCCUCCUUGAUGAGAUCGACAAGAUUGGAGGGGCGAAUUUCCAGGGCGAUCCAUCUGCGGCAAUGUUGGAAGUCUUGGAUCCUGAGCAGAACCAUUCCUUCAUGGAUCACUACAUCAACGUACCGAUCGACCUGAGCAAGGUCCUCUUCAUUGCGACUGCGAACUCUCUCGAGACGAUCCCAGCCCCACUGCUGGAUCGUAUGGAGACAAUCACGCUGUCUGGCUACACCACGGUUGAGAAGAGGCAUAUCGCGAAACGCCAUUUGAUCCCCAAGCAAAUUCGGGCCAACGGGCUUGCAGACGGCCAGGUCAAUCUCUCUGACGAUGUCAUCGACAAGACCAUCACAUCUUAUACACGUGAGUCUGGUGUCCGCAACCUGGAGCGAGAGAUUAGUUCGAUCUGUCGCUACAAGGCUGUCCAAUAUGCGGACGCCACCGACACGGGAGCGUUAGCCUCUUACGACCCCAUCGUAGCGGUCGACAAUCUGGAAGAUAUUCUUGGGAUCGAACGUUUCGACGAAGAAAUAGCCGAGAAACAUGGACGGCCGGGCGUUGUGACGGGCCUCGUGGCGUAUUCCACCGGCGGCCAGGGAAGUAUCCUCUUCAUCGAGGUGGCUGAUAUGCCUGGCAACGGCCGCGUCCAGCUGACGGGCAAGCUCGGCGACGUGCUCAAGGAAUCUGUGGAGGUGGCAUUGACCUGGGUCAAAGCCCAUUCCUUCGAACUUGGGCUCACGCACGAUCCAAACGAAGAUAUCAUGAAGAGCCGUAGUUUGCACGUCCACUGCCCUUCCGGCGCGAUUCCCAAGGACGGCCCAUCUGCCGGCCUGGCGCACACCUUGGCUCUCAUCUCCCUAUUCACGGGCAAGGCCGUGCCGCCCCAGAUCGCCAUGACCGGUGAAAUCUCCCUGAGAGGACGCGUCAUGCCAGUCGGUGGCAUCAAGGAAAAAUUGAUCGGGGCCCUGCGUGCAGGCGUCAAAACCGUCCUUCUACCCGAUCAUAACAGGAAAGAGGUCAAAGACGUUCCCCAGGAGGUAAAGGAUGGUUUGGAGAUAAUUCAUGUCAGACAUAUUUGGGAGGCCAUCCGUCAUGUCUGGCCGGAUGCACAUUUCCCUGGUGAACAGCAUGCAAAUAUUUUUGAAAGUAGGCUGUGA